AUGAAUAGGGGGUCAGUAGAUGAUGGGCCCAAACUGCGUGAGGAAAAGCACUUCCAAGAUUUUUAUCCCGACCUUAACACCGAUACUUUACUGCCGUUCGUCGUUCCCUUAGGUGAAAGAUGUACUAUCAGCACUAAUAGCGAUGUAAAUGAUACCUCUAACCUUAACAAUACAGGAAAAGGUAGUGUUAAAAGUGCACAAACAAAAGAAUUGAUUUUUAAGGGUAGAGUUACCACUGAACCAUUAGUAUUGAAAAAAAAUGAAGUGGAGUUUCAGAAAUGUAAAAUAACUACAAGCGAACUGAAAGGCAGGAAAACUUCGUACAGUCCUAAAUUCAACGAUGGAUUUAUCUCCAGGUAUUAUCGUUCAUAUAAUUCUAGAGGUAGAAAGGCUUAUAAAUCACAACAGAUAGGAUUCAAUGAGUUCGAAACGCCUUAUUUUACCAAAUUCUCCGAUAGAGAAGCCCCAGAUAUCGCCAUUCCGGCAACUUCAAAGAGCGCGAUUCAAAAGUUCGCCAGUAUUUCAUCCAAUCUGGCUAAUUUCAGACCGUUGUACGAUAUGGAUGAGCAAGAUGAAUUAUACCUGCAUUAUCUAAACAAAACAUUUUUCAAAGACCAGAUGUCUCACGAAGUAUUUGAAGUUUUAAUGACUAUACUAGAAACCGAAUGGUUUCAUAUUGAAAAGCAUAUGCCUUCAACUAAUGAUCUAAUUGCCAAAAAUAACAUUUUAAGUGAUUGUCAAAAUUAUGAGCUUUACGGUUCUGAUGAUGGAACAGGCUUAUCGAUGGACCAGGCCUGCGCAGUUUGCUUAGCCACGGAUAGUGAUAAUUCCAAUACGAUCGUCUUUUGCGACGGGUGUGAUAUUGCAGUGCAUCAAGAAUGUUAUGGUAUAAUUUUUAUUCCCGAGGGGAGAUGGUUAUGUAGACGAUGUUUGAUCUCGAGGAAUAGUUUUAUCACUUGUUUGAUGUGUCCAAGUCACACAGGUGCAUUUAAGCAAACGGACACUGGUUCUUGGGUGCAUAAUAUUUGUGCAUUAUGGCUUCCAGAGUUAUACUUUUCAAAUUUACAUUAUAUGGAACCUAUAGAGGGUGUUCAAAAUGUCAGUAUAUCGCGAUGGAAACUUAAUUGUUACAUAUGUAAGAAGAAAAUGGGCGCUUGUAUUCAAUGCUUCCAAAAAAACUGUUUUACAGCAUAUCAUGUCACAUGUGCUCGUCGAGCUGGUCUCUACAUGAGCAAUGGGAAGUGUAUUAUUCAAGAAUUAGCGACAAAUCAAUUUCCGCAAAAGUUUUCGAUCGAAAGUUUUUGUCACAAGCACGCACCUAGGGGAUGGCAAUCAAACAUGGAAGGUAUUAACAAAGCUAGGAAAUACUUUUCUCUAAUUCCCACCUUAGCGACUGAAUUACCGAGGCAUAAUGAGACAAACGAUAGGAUGGAUUCGAAAAUCAAGAAAACAAUCUGGAAAACGUCAAGUCAGACGCCAGUAGCACCGUACAUUUUUGCUGAAGUAUUACGAAAGGCCGUUGAAUUUUUUGGAUUGACUAACACUCCGGCAGGCUCACUUGAUAUUUGCAGAUAUUGGUCAAUGAAGAGAGAGCUUUCUGGGGGUACCCCAUUGAACGCUUCUUCCGAAAACAAUCCAUUUGGAUCAUUAACUGGGGAACAAUUACAAACAAGAAUAGAUUUUGCCGACGAUCAACUCGAAGACUUAUACAAACUGAAGGAGCUCACCGCCUUGGUAAAGAAAAGGACGCUAGCUUCAACAAACAUGUUGCAAACCCAAAAUAAGGUGCACGAUAUGAUUAAAUCACCACAAAAGUAUCUUUUGAAAAUUAAUGUUUUGGAUAUUUUUGUACAGUCUGAACAAUUUGGAGCUCUCGAAAGAUUAGUCACCGAGCCCAAAUUGUUGACUAUCCUGAAAAAAUGUAAGAAUAAUAAUUACGAUACCGUCCAAAACUUCAGAGCAGAUAUUAUGCAAUUUUUUUCGACUUUGGAGAACCUUCCCAGUGCAUCAAGAAUAAUUCAAACAAUCUCACUAAGAGCGAAGGAGCAAGUACUAAAAUUAAUCGAGCCCAUAGAGCAUAUGGAUGUAAAGAAGUUACUAUCCAGAGAUUUCAUUGUGACCGAUGGCAAUAAAAUAGAAGAAAGGCCCUGGAGUGGCCGAAUAAUCAUGGAGGAAGAAGAGUUAAGUGAGGUGGAGGAACUGAAUCCAGGGGAGCGCCGUGUACUGAAGCUCAUUCUAAACAGUAAGUGA